AUGGCCAUGGCAGACGAGCGAAGACAGGCUCUCGCAGCAGGUCCCUCCUUUAGCUCUUCCAUCUCUCGUUUCUCAAAGGACGCCCCUUCAACCUUUUCAACUUCAAGCAACCCUCCCAUUGCCGCCCAGCAUCCUCCAGACCCCAAUGCAUCCACGCCUUCACUCAAACAGCCCAACACAACUCAGGAUUCCAAGCCUUCCUUUUCCUCUGGUAGUCUACGAAGGCUCCAACAAGGCUUUCUCAGCAACUCGAUGCCCCUUGUCAGCCCAUCCGUUGGCAUCACAGCUACAGAAGGUGUAUACGGAACAUUUGCCGCAAUGACUGGAUCAUCAGAGAGUCAGAACACUACAUCCAACAAGGCAAACAAUCCCUCGCCAUCACUCAGACCCAUGGCCAGCUCAAGCACGCUACCCUCAACAACCACAGGAUAUACCGAGAAACACACCUAUGAAACAUUUGCAUCCAAGCAGCGUCCUCCCCCACCACCACCCUCUCAUGCAGGCGCCAUGCGCGUCAAGAGUUCUGUCCUCAACAAGUUUCUCCUAUACGAGACCAAGACGCGGUUCUACAUCGUCGCGUCGAAUGCAAACGACAGUCGACACAAGAUGCUCAAGAUUGAUCGCACCCACGACGACGAACUGGUGGUGCACCAGGACGAUACGACGUAUACAGGCAAGCAGAUGAACAGUAUGCUCAAGAUGUUGGAAGAUGGGAAUCGAGGGAGUGGAGGUCUAGGCAAACCCAGGACAUUCUUUGGCAUCGCUGGCACGUCUCCUCUUACUCCGGUCGACAUUUCUGAACAUGAACAGGAUUCAACUCCUCCCAUCUCCCCAAUCCACAAAGUUGACAACCCAACGGAAGAGCAGCGUCUACUCACCAUCUUCAAGCAAGUCGACAUGACCAAAAACUUUUACUUUUCCUACUCGUAUGACAUUACUUCCACCCUGCAGCGCAAUUUGACGGGAUGUGCGAAAGCAGAAGCGAGAGGAAAGUGGAGUUUCAACGAGAGGUUCGCGUGGAACCAUCACAUGUUGGAUCCCGCAUUUGGACAAGGUGUGAGUGCAGACGGCAAGAGUGUCGUAAAGAGCGAUUGGGCGAUUCCGCUGAUGCACGGGCACGUCGACCAAGCAAAGCUCACUGUUCUCGGUCGUGUCGUAUACGUCACCCUCAUCGCUCGUCGAUCACGCUACUAUGCCGGUGCGCGAUACCUCAAGAGAGGCGUCAACGAGGAUGGCGACGUGGCGAAUGAAGUCGAGACGGAGCAGAUUGUUUUCGAGGCCAGCACCACGGGGUUUUACGCUCCUGCGCCUCGAUUUGCGGGGUUUGAUUUGCAUGAAGAUGAUGGAGGGGAUAGCGAACUUGGAAGCACGAAUUCUGCGGCAGAUGAAGUGAAGAAGACUGGUGCCAAGAAGAGGAAUAGGACGAUCAACCCACGUUACACUAGCUUUGUGCAGUAUCGUGGAAGCAUACCGAUCUAUUGGGCGCAAGAAGCUGCUGGCGUGAAUCCACGACCUCCCAUUGAGAUUACGAUCGCAGACCCGUACUACGUCGCAGCUGGAAAGCAUUUUGACAAUCUCUUUGAACGUUAUGGUACACCAGUCAUUAUCCUCAACCUCAUCAAAUGGCGCGAACCACGCGAAAAGCUUCUCCUAUACGAAUACUCUCAAUGCGUCGAUUUCCUCAACCAGUUUCUUCCUGAGGACAAGAAGAUGGUGUGGCGCGCAUAUGACAUGGCACAAAUGUACCGAGAAAAGGAUAAAGAUGUCAUCUCGUAUCUGGAAGAUUUGGCCGAAGAGGCGAUUAGCAAGACAGGCUUUUUCCAUUCAGGACCGGAGCCGUAUGCGCACAAGAUGAAGGGAGACGAUGAGAUGGCAUACCGCGAUCACAUCUUGCUCCAGAACGGAGUUUGCCGUACAAAUUGCGUCGACUGUCUUGACCGGACAAACGCGGCGCAAUUCGUGUUUGGAAAGCGCGCUUUGGGACAUCAGCUCUACGCACUUGGGAUUGUUGACAGUCCGAACCUGGUGUUUGAUUCGGACGCUGUGAACAUGUUGACGGAGAUGUACCAUGAUCAUGGGGAUACCAUCGCACUACAAUACACUGGAAGCGCUCUCGUGAACCGCGUAGAGAUGUACCGCCGGAUGCCCCAUUGGAAUUCGCAUUCACGCGAUAUCAUCGAGAAUCUCAAGAGAUUCUACCACAAUCAAAUGCUCGACGCGGACAGACAGCUCGCUAUCAACACGUUCCUUGGCAUCACCGACGACAGGGGUAUCACAGGCAAGAAGCCGACCAAGUUUGGCGGGUACGACAAGUGGUUUGACCCAGAAAAGAUUGGUCUCGUCAAAAAGUCGCGCAAACUCAAGGAUGGAGAUUUGAAACACAAUGGGAGCGAGCAAGUGGAUUGGAGAGAGGUGCUCGACUGUCACCAUGGCGAGUGCCGGUUUGAUCUCGAUGUGUGCAAAGAGGCAUUGGAGAGGUUUGCUGAUGGGGAUGGUGCGAGUUCGCCAGCUGCUCUGGACAAGGACCCUCACGAUGCGACGACCACAGAGUUUUGGGUAGAGUAUUACAAGCCGCUCAUGUUUACCGGGUUGGUCAAGCAUUUCUCCUAUGGGAUGAACAGCACGCUGAAGCUACCUGGGAAAACGGCAAAUGAUGUCCACAAGAGUCCUUUCGUACCCCGCGAGGCACACCUCCCAACUCAACCAAGGAUUAUGGCAGACUUUCGAAGAUGGAUGAUGGCGGGCAACCAGUCGACAGCAAAUAAUCGACGAAGCAAGUAUGCGGGCUGGAGCGAGGGAACAUCGAAACUGUCGAAAGAUUCGGGCAUGUUUGUUUCGGAGAAACCUAUAACGGACCCGACGAGUAUCGAAGCUGUUGUCGAACGGCUUCUGGAUCCCCUUGUCACCGAAGAAGAGUUUGCGGAUUACCAGAGAUAUGUCAAUCAGUAUCAAGCGCUCCUGGCUGCGCCGUCCGGACUAGAAGGAAUCGACAAGGCUGAUCUCGAAUUCUAUGAAGCCGUCGUCGCGAGUUGCGCGGGUGAAGAUCUGGAUGAACCGUACUUUGCAUCUUAUCCUCCGGCCGGGACUAGCGAAAUGGAACAAGACGACGUAAUGGAAGGCACCGUCGUGUCAGGACCGACUACUGACGUCGAACGGUACCAACAACGUGUGCGAGAGAGACAGGAGAAGGAAGAGCUCUUCGCUUUGUACGUCGAUAAACCGAAGAAGCUGGAGCGCGGUGCGGCUGGUGGACGUGGGCCGUCGAGUUUGGCAGAGCCGUAUGAGCGUUGGUUGAAGGGAUUUGACGCAGACUUGAGAUUUGGAUAA